CGGAUGGAGCUUCAUCUGAGCGAAUCACAAAGUGCUGGAAUCUACUGCCUUUGUCUGAUACACUCAUCCAUAGUGGCGAAAGAGGGUCCGCGUAAAGGAGGGGGCUGGAGCUUUUACAAACCAAAACGAGCGACCCAAGUCCAUCAGUCCCGGGCCGUGCGCGCGUGCGAACGCAUAGUGUUGUUGUUGAGGGAAAGCUGGGCACAGGAAACCCGCAGUCUCCAAUGGUUCAGCUAUCUGUCAUCCAUGCGCAGAACCGAAACCCAGCAGCCCCGCACCUGCUAACCGAGACCACCGGGAUAUAAGAGAUACUAACACGCGGAUGGAUGGGACGAACGCUGGAAAACGAGUUCUGGGGAAAACAUGCGUGCUAAAAACAUUUAAGCAUUUAUUGCUUUGAGAGCACUUUGUUCUGACCUCGAACGCACGGUCAUGUCUGACACCUGACAAAUCCUGCGUCCAUUUGCAACUUUCCGAAGUUCCCCUCUCCUCGGCUGGAUUCACCUUACAUCUUCGUUUCUUUCAGUUGUUCUGUGUGUAAGAAAGACGAGACGGCGACUUCAGUUGAUUACCUGUCUUUUCUCUGUUAUCCGAUGGAUAUUCACUGUAAGGCAGACCCCUUCUCCGCCAUGCACCUCUCCUGUAUAGGGCACGGGGGAGUGAACCAGCUGGGCGGGAUGUUCGUGAACGGAAGGCCUUUACCUGACGUCGUGCGCCAGAGAAUCGUGGAGCUCGCGCAUCAAGGAGUCCGACCCUGUGACAUCUCCAGACAGCUGAGGGUCAGUCACGGCUGCGUCAGCAAGAUCCUGGGCAGAUAUUAUGAGACUGGCAGCAUAAAGCCUGGAGUCAUCGGAGGAUCCAAACCUAAAGUGGCCACGCCGAAGGUGGUGGAUAAAAUAGCGGACUAUAAACGCCAGAAUCCCACCAUGUUCGCCUGGGAGAUCCGGGACAGGCUGCUGGCGGAGGGCAUCUGCGAUAAUGACACCGUCCCCAGCGUCUCCUCCAUAAACAGGAUCAUUCGGACGAAGGUUCAGCAACCGUUUCACCCCUCACCAGAUGGGACGUCUCUUUCCACCCCAGGACACACUAUAGUCCCCAGUACAGCAUCUCCUCCAGUCUCCAGUUCCUCCAAUGACCCUGUGGGCUCCUACUCAAUCAACGGCAUUCUGGGAAUCCCUCGCUCCAAUGGAGAAAAGAGGAAAAGAGAUGCUGAUGGUUCUGUGGGUUCAGUGCAGAGCAGUGAUUCUCAGGGCAGUGUGGAGAGCCUGAGGAAACAUCUACGAGCCGAUGCCUUCACCCAGCAGCAGUUAGAGGCCCUGGACCGAGUGUUUGAGAGGCCAGCAUUCCCAGACGUCUUUCCCACUCCUGAACACAUCAAACCGGAGCAGGCGAGUGAAUACAGCCUCCCUGCAUUAAACGCAGGCCUGGAUGAAGUCAAGCCCAGUUUAUCCUCCGGCACGACCUCUGACCUGGGCGUCAGUGUGUCACAGAGCUACCCUGUAGGUCGGGAUAUGGCCAACACAACCUUACCCGGAUAUCCACCUCACGUCCCUCCCACCGGGCAGGGCAGCUACCCAACGUCCACACUGGCUGGAAUGGUUCCUGGGAGCGAAUUUUCAGGGAAUCCCUACAGCCAUCCACAGUACACAACCUAUAAUGAAGCCUGGAGAUUCAGCAACCCAGCAAUACUGAGUUCCCCCUAUUAUUAUAGUGCAUCCCGAGGCUCCGCCCCCCCAACUGCUGCCACUGCCUAUGACCGCCACUAGUUACCACGGAAACCAAAUUAGGCGGCACGCCCAUGGACUCGGACUUCAUAUUCUGCCAGUAUGAGCAGUGCAGCUGAUUGGACAUCAUGCAAUCACAUGAUGAAGAACAGACCAAUCAGGAACAAAAACAUCUCAACGACAAUUCAGCCAUUCUCACGAGUCCCAACGGACUCGACGAGGAAAAAACGAUAAACGAACAAUAAAUGUAUAUCUCAAAGACUGAGAGUAAAUAUGAUUUUUAAAACGGAAUUAACAUCUGCUUUUUAAAAAUACUUUUAUAUUUUGUCCUCUCAUUAAUAUUAUUCAUCGGUAUUCAUAUUUAAAGUGCUUCUAGCAUAUAUAUGUAUUGGUUUGUUUGGACAGACACUGAAAUGAAUGAUAUCAACAGUUGGACUUUUUUUUUUUUUUAAACGAAAAUUGUUCAUAUGUAAAAGCAUUUUCAUUUCAGAUUGUACUUUUCAACGUCUAUCCAAAUGUACAAAAAUGUCUAGAUUUUAUUUAUGAAUACCUAUUAUAUAAAUGAACACAUCUGGACAAGGAAAAUGUUCCAACGCAUGGUUGUAGAUUCUCUGGACUGUGCUAAAUACGAGCAGUAAAACUCAAAACUUGACACUCCACUCAUCAUACAGUAACUCAUUACUCAAUACAGUAUGUACACAAACUCAGCAUGGAAAUACAAAUCAAACAGGCCUUCUCCACGCUCUCAACGCCAGCAGAAGAACUCUAGCACACUUCUGUGAGAAACAAUCAGAUACCAACAAGAAAGAGAUGAAACCGGACAAGAAACAGAGAAACUGUCGACCCUGGUCCUACCGAGACCAGAUUCGAUUAUAAGUGAAAAAUAAAUUUUUUAUGUUAUUUAUUUGUUUUUUAUAAUGACAAAAGUAUCAUGAAGAACUCUACAGUAUGCAUGGAUUAUUUUCAUUCAUUAUGCAUUUUUAUGUGUUUAUCAUAGAUCAAAUUAUGUCAAAUUCUCAGGGGGGAAUUCACUAAUAAUGCAUGAUAGAUUUAGCACUUGAUUUAUGCAAAACGCUGCAAACACUAUUUCAGCCAGGUGCAUAAACUUAAGUCAUUAUGUCAAAACUGUUACUACGGAUUCAGAUUUUUCAAAUUCAAAAAUUCCAAUUCAAAUCUUUUUAUGUAAUUGACUAAAAUAAAAGUUCUGACCAGUCUUGCAGGGAGAAAAAUAGAUGACUAAUAUUUAAGACUAGUCUGGUUUGGAGCUGGUCAGCAAAUAAUACCCAGGUUUUUGUGCUUAAAUACAGAUGCAUAAGUGUUUUAGUGAAUUCGCCCCUCAGUGUUAUUGUUUGCACUAUGGGUUGUGCUCUAUAUGAGAUGUCUUGAGUGAAUAAACAGUGAACUUACUCUUCGGUCGGAUUGGAUGCUCAGUGUUUUGCUCAGAAUUUUUGAAGCAUUUGAGCAAACGAACAUGUACUACUGAUCAGAUGAAGCACUUAAACCUCCAAAUGUGUUUACAGAAUAGUUAGCAGCUGUUCAAUUAAUCAACAGAUGGGUUGGUCACUGGUUAUCGGCUUUAUGAUUUACUUUUCAGAACUCUGCUUUGGGAACGUCAAGCUGUUUCAGUAAUGCAAAAAAAAUAAAAUAAAAAUGCUUUACAACAAGUGCAAUUCUG